AUGAGUGAGAAGCGGCAUCCUUUGGAGUCUUUUGUUGGUCGAAUGAUGAACCACCAGGCCGAACUAAUGACCUGGCGUGGAGAACUCCCAUCACAUCUCGCGCCCAAGUACGCGGCGGCCAGUGAAGAUGAGCGAGCAUGGAGCAAUAUGUCCUGGGUACAACGGCAAUGCUUUGACAUUGAACUACAUCUGUGUCAAUGGGCCAAGCCUUACAUUCUACUAGGCUUCAACCAUGUCAUGCUGGUAUUACAUCGCCCAUUCUUCGCCGAUACAAUCUUUUCGACACCGUUCUAUUCCUCUUUGAUGGCCAGGAGUGUUUGUCUGGGUGCAGCACGGGAAACAAUUCUGCUCUCAAACAAGGUACUGGUCGAUGGCCCUGGUGUUCAGCAUUGGUCGUGUUAUUACCACCGAGUCCUGGCGGCCACAUUGUUGACAUUAGAGUGUGGUCUCGAAAGCGCUCUGGAGGAAAGAAACAGCUUCGUAGAUCUUUGGACCAAGAGUGUGGACAUUUUCAAAAGCAUGCCGCCUGGGUGCUCCAAAAAAGGCAUGGCUUUGGUUGAGGGCGCAUUGGCUCAGGUCCGAGAUCAAGCAUUGAGGUCAACUAUAGCCCCAGAGAGGUCGGCUAAUGUUGCAUGA